UCCAUUCCCAUCAUAGUCUUUAGCAGCCUGGCUGUGCUAAGCGGAGCGCUGGUCUUCCUGCUUCCUGAGACCAGCAGAAAAGAUCUUCCUGAUUCAACCACUGAUGGCAAGAGCAACGGGGAUUUGGCCAACGAGAAGACUGGACGUGAGAUCUUCGUGGCUGAAAUCCACACCAGAAAAUCAACCAAACUCUAAAUGACAGAAAACCUUUUUGUUGUUUUUGUUGUUGUUGCUUUUUUUGGAUCCUAAGUUUAAGCCUACGUGCUCAAAUCCACCAACUGGGAGAGGAUGUCGGAAGAGUCGUUUGUUCUGCAGCCUGCUGAACGGACAGGUUUUGUGUAACGGGCGAGCGAUCAGUUCUCCGUGCAGAAUAAUUUGGAAGCAUCAAGUUCAAUAAAUCAAGAAGAUACAAACUAACAUUUUUUAAAAUGUAAAAUAAAUUGUGUUCUCUGUUAGGAUUUUGGGGUCAGGGACAAAAUAUAUUCUACCCAUAGGGUAAUGUUAAGAGCUGAUCUAUGUUUCCCAGUACACAGGGAGGAUGACUUUGUGAGUUUUAAUUAGAAUAAAACAUAAAUCUAUCCUUCCUGGUAACCCUGAAAUGCUUCUCACAGACUGUGUAUAACCUAAUCUUGAAAUGUUUAUGCACAUGUACAUUUUCUACCAUUUUUAAUCUCAAACUGACUUCAUAGUAACUUAUUGACUGGUUGCGUAACGACCCGGAUGGAUGACUUGUGUCUGGCAAUAAAACAGUCGACGUUACAUCGCUGGAGUUUUGACCGCUUGCUACUUUAAAACAUUACAUAUUUAAAGAAUAAUUUGAGUCCACUCUCAGACAGAUUAAACUCCUGCUUCCUUAGAGAAAGCAGGAGUGGCUAAAUUAAGAGAAUGUGCCUCUCUACACCUAUGAAAAUGAAAUAUCUUUUUUUUUUAUUGCUGACAGCUUUACAAACCUUCAAACUAUAAAUAAAGUAUCUAAAGUCCAAAAUGUUAUUUAACAGAUGUCAGGUAAGACUACUGACCGUCAUGAUUUGACGAGUCAGCACGCAGUAAAAAAAAAAAAAAUAGAACACUUUUUAUAACCUGGAGAUAAUCGGUUGUUUUGUCUGCGUUUAAGUAAAGUAUUUGUGCUAGGAAAAGCUCAAACUUGAGGACUUCUACUUGCUGUUUUGGUCAGUAUGUUUCCCAGAUUGCUUAAUCUUUUGUUCAGAAAACUCAACCCUGUACAACCAAAAAUGAUUUUAGGAUGGCAUCCAGUGAGAGAUGCCAGGAUGAUAUAAAUCUGGUUUAAAAAAAAUACCAGGAAUACUGCUUCUAAGUGAAAGCGCCGUCUCAUCUUUCCUGAAUCACGCUUGCAUGGGUUUAAACAUUAAUGGGCUCUUUGUUUAAAGGUCAUUGCCUUGCAGCAUCACCGAAGUGCAAGUCUGCGCCCUGACCAUGGCUGAUUUUGGGGAAAUCCUGCGUAACAUAGGAGAGUUUGGAUUGUUUCAGAAGACCAUCCUCUUUGCUCUUUGCUUCCCAAACCUCAUCUUGCCUUUCCACUUUGCGAGCGUAAUUUUCACCCAGUCCGACCCGGAGCGCCACUGCAACACGGACUGGGUCCUGGGAGCAGCUCCUAACCUGACCACAGAGGAGCAGCUGAACCUCACCGUGCCCAGGGAGGAGGAUGGGAGCUUCAGCCGCUGUCGGAUGUUCGUCCCUGUGGACUGGGACAUCCAGGAUAUCAGGGAGUUCGGCCUCAAUGAGACAACAGGCUGCAGGGAUGGAUGGGUUUAUGGCAGCAUGCUGUAUGAAUCCACCAUAGUUACUGAUUUUGACCUCGUCUGUGACCAGGCUCAUUUGUUGGGCAUUGCGCAGACAGUGCUGAUGGCUGGCAUCCUCGCUGGUUGUCUCUUACUUGGACCUUUCGCUGAGUCGUUUGGCCGUAAACGAGCGGCUCAGAUCCCCGUAGUUCUGAUGCUCCUCUUCUCUGUAACAACUGGGUUAUGUCCGACCUACCCUUUAUAUUUGGCCUCCCAGUUCGUGGCGGGAAUUGGAUAUGGAGGCUAUCGACUAAACGGCGUCAUCCUAAGCACCGAAUGGAUCGGCGUGUCCAAACGGUCCUGGGGAGCCUGCAUCACUCAGCUAUGUGGUGCCGUUGGACAGGCCAUCCUGGGUGGCAUGAUCUACUUCAUCAGAGACUGGAGACUGGCUCAACUGGUCACAGCUGCUCCGUUUACUGUGAUCGCCUUUUACAUAUGGUUUAUUCCAGAGUCAGCCAGAUGGUUGUUGGACAGGGGACGGACAGACGAGGCUAAAGAGCUGAUCAUCAAAGUGGCGGCCAUUAACAAACGCAAAGUUUCAGACUCUCUCCUGGAAAAGAUUACUAUCAAAGAAAAUGUGCAAAAGGGAGGCAUAAUAUGUCUUAUUAAGUCUCCUGUGCUGAGGAAGUAUUUCCUUACCAUCAUUUUGGCAUGGUUCUCCCUGACUGUUACCUACUUCUGCCUUUCGCUGAAUGUGGGAAACUUUGGCUUGGACAUCUUCCUGACUCAGGCCUUGUUUGGGCUCUCUGAAGUACCGGCUCACAUUAUUUGCAUUUGGCUGCUGGAGGCGGUCGGGAGAAAAGCGUCACUGAUCACCACACUUGUGAUCGGAGGAUUUCUGUGCCUCUUGAUCCUCGCCGUACCUCAAAGUAAUGCCAUCGCUGUCACUUCGUUAGCCAUUGGCGGACGUUUUUUGACCAACUGGGCCGGAUCUAUAUGCAACUUGUACGUUCAGGAACUGUUCCCGACGUCUUUUCGACAAACCGCCUCGGGUUUGGGCUCCAUCGCGAGCCGAGUCGGAGGCUUGCUUUCCCCGCCGCUCAGCAUGCUGGCCGUGUACCGCUGGUCCAUCCCUGUCGCCGUCUACAGCAGCCUCACCAUCCUCAGCGGAGCCCUCUGCUUCCUGCUUCCCGAGACCAGGAGAACAGAACUCCCCGACUCCACCCGUCAAGCCGAAGGCGACUGGACGAAGAACAAGAUGAAUCACCAACAAGACUCAAAUGAAGAUUUACAAAUCAAAUCAACCAAGUUGUAGUCUGUACGGUUUCAUUUUUUUAGUGCACUUAGUGGUUUCAUUGGAACUCCAGUGUGUAGCUAUGGCUAAUCAGUGGAUUUUUAUUUUAUCUCCUGUAAUUGUCAAACAUCCAGACAGUUUGAUUGUUUAUUGAUAAUAAUGCUCAAUAGUUAAGAGAACCUUGUUUCUAGCUCCUAACUUUCUACUCAUUCCAGGUGGUAUUUAGGUUACAACCUAAUCUACUUUUGCAAAUAUGAAAUAACCAAUCUGGUUUUUGUUUGUUUGUUUUUUAACUCGUUUUUUGUGGGGAGAAAAAUAAAAAUAAUUUACAGCCACAGAAAAAAAGAAGCAUGAAAUCAGGGUAUAAGACUCUGACUAAUGGCGGUGCUUUUACUUUGUUGUCACAUUUGUGUCAACAUGAACAGAAAACCCUUUUGACAGAAGCCUUCAUGUCUCAUUAUACUUAUUUGCUGUUUUAUGAAAAUGUUGAAAACCUUUACGUCUUACAGCUUGUGCUGCUUAAUCAUUGCAUUGAGUUUGUUUUUUGUGAUUUCUCACAUUAACUGCACAGUUUUCAAUAAUAAUAUAUUGACUGUUUUUAAAAGCCAUAUAUUUUCGGGAUGAAUUGAGUUUUUGGGCUCUAAAAAUCAUCAACAUUAAACAUAUUAAAACAUCA